AUGGCGCCCCAUAACAUGACAGAGGGCGGCAGCGCGCCCCCAAUGCGCAAGACCCCCCCUCAGGAACGAGCUGAGAUCAAUGCCACAAAGGGGGGUUUUCUUGUGGCUCAAGACAACCAAUCAUCAAGCCCCCCCCAGAACGAAGCAGAUCUCCUCAGCCGCCUCCAAGAGAUCGUUUGCAGCCACUGUAACAAAGACGAGGCCCCUCCCGACCAGCCUCUCAUGGCGAUGGGGAUUGACUCCCUGGGUAUGGCGUCACUUUCGGAGUGUCUGCAGAAGGAACUGGGGGUCAGGGUUCCGGUGACGACACUCUUUGAAGUGCCCACGCUUAGGCUUCUGGCUCGUCACAUUGGCCAGCAGCUUUUGGGGGGGUGCACAGUUGGACCCACAAUGAAGACUUUCAUGAAUGCAGAGACUGAGAAAGUGCAAAGCUCAGAAACUGUGGGGGUGCCAGAGCAGAGGGAAAGUGACUAUGGGAGUGGGGCGAUAGCAGUAGUGGGAAUGGCGUGCCGACUGCCGGGAGAAGCAAACACGCCAGAGAAGCUGUGGGAAAACCUCGUUGCUGGCCGCGAUUGCAUCACUCCUGUGCCGCUUGCCAGGUGGGACGUAGACGCAGUCGACCGCAGCGGCCUCAAGCCCCCACUGGAGCCUUGCCUCGACAAGGGCGGCUUUCUGACAGACGCUGAGCUUCUGGACGCGUCUUUUUACGGAAUCACUCCUUCCGAAGUGAUUCCACAUGGACCCGCAGCACCGGCGGGUUUUACCAAGGCAACCCUGGCUGGGAGCAAGACCGGCGUCUUUGUGGGCAUCUCUAAAAUGGAGUGGGGGGCGUUUCCCGUGCACGCCAAAGAGCCGUCCGCGUACUCCCUCCCGGGAACAGUGCUCUCUAUGGCGUCCGGCCGCGUCUCGCGCCUCUUUGACCUUCACGUUACUGGACACCUCGCCGAGCUCGUUGAGAGCCGAUUCUUCUGUUACAGCCUUCUCAUAUCACUGACCUCAAUCUCUUUCAACACAAGUGUGCUCGGAGAUAUCCACCGGUCGCUCUCCGAGCCGACCAAGGUUGUUUUUUUGUUCCCGGGGCAAGGCUCCCAGUACGUCAACAUGGGCCGCGAGCUGUAUGAGUCGGACCCAGUGUUCCGCUCCGCCAUCCAGCGGUGCGACGGUAUCCUCGCGCCGCUUCUGCCGGAACGUCUAUUACGAGUGCUGUACCCCACCGAGGUAAGUUUUCUGUAUCCCCUAGUUAGAGGACUUUGCCCCGACGGCAGAACGUUUGAUUCACCAGACCCAGCGCAACCCGCGAUCUUCGCCGUCGAAUACGCCCUCGCCCAACUGUGCCUUUCCAAGGGACUGCUUCCGUCAGCCGUUCUGGGCCACAGCGUCGGCGAGCACGCGGCCGCGUGCGUGGCUGACGUCAUGUCGCUCGAGGAUGGGCUGCGGAUCAUGGCGGCCCGGGGGGCGCUCCUGCAGGCGCUGCCGGCCGGAGGGUGCAUGGCGGCUGUGCGCGCGAGCAAGGAGGACGUGGCGCGCGCGCUGGAGGCGGUCGGCUGCGAGGACGUUUCCAUUGCUGCCGUGAAUGGUCCCCGCAGCGUCUUGGUUUCCGGUUCCGUUCCGGCCGUGGAGCGGGUCCUGCAGGCCCUGGACGGAUCUAGCAAGCGGCUGAACGUCUCCCACGCCUUCCACUCGCCUCUCGUGACGCCCAUGCUGGAGAAGUUUGCAGAAGUGCUCCGGACGGUGACCUUUCGACCGCCGUCCCUUCCGCUCGUUGGCCUCGUAACCGGGGACCUUGUCGGCCCGGAGAUCGCGUCCCCCGAUUACUGGUUGCGCCACACGCGCGCGCCCGUCCGCUUCCUCGCGGGCGCACGCGCGCUACGCGCCUCCGGCUGCCACGUGUUCCUCGAACUUGGGCCCCAAGCUGUGCUCUCGCGCCUUGCCCCGGGGUGCGAGCCACCGGAAUCCGCCCCUCCAGUCCCCACGUACGCCUGCAUGAUCGAGCGGAACGGGAGCGGCGCCGCGGCCGCGGCCGACGCGAUCGCUUUCAGUCGAAAUGCGGCGGAUCGCCUCCGGAGCAACGGGGCAGCGGAACAGCGGAGUGACAGCGGAGUGGGAAAGUCACGCGGGGCGAACGCACGCGCAUUUCCUUGGUGGACCGUUCCGCACAAGCUUUUGCAAAGCCGUACGAUGGAUUAUGAUGGAGCGACCGUAUUUCGGACCAUUCUUCGGGGGCGGCUCAGGGAAAUGUGCGCUGCAUCCAUGACUGUGCACGGGGCGUCUCUACUGGGCGCUUUUUCCUGCCUGGAGAUAGCUCUCGCAGCGACGGGGGACUCACAACCGGGCGGAACCGAGUCGCCUUUGCUGCUCAGCGGCGUAACUUUCCCCUCUCCGUUUCUUCUUCUCAAGAAAGACAGCCCAACGAUUUUCGCGGUCGUUUCGGAGGGCGGCCGCGGCGUGCAAGUGACGAGCGGCUCUGGACCGUCCAAGAGAGUCCACGUGGCAGCCUUAGUCAAACCGACCGGUAGGAAGCACCGGGGCUGGUGGAACGUCCCGGUUUGCUCCCCCGACCCAAUCGCUCUGGGCUACAAGAAAAUCGCCCCGGAACAGCUCGUCUCCGAUCUACAAACUCUGGGCGCAGUGUCUUUCCUCGAAAGCGCGCGCGCGGUUGUUGAGGUUUCCAUCGGUGACUCUGGGGCGUUGGCGAAGCUCGCUCUUCCUAGUUCCUCCGAAGGUUUUGGUAUCCACCCAACGCUCCUAGAGGCCUCGGUUGUUGUGGUCGGGGGACUUCUCGCCCGGUCGGGGGAACUUGCUCCGGGGCCCGCUCUCCUGAUGACCGGAAUCGCCGAAGUGGCGUCGCUCGGGGCGCACGCGCUUGGCGCGCGCGCGCGCGCCCGCCGAGCCUCGUUGCUGAUGCACGCGAGCGGCUUGGAGACAAUGGGACCGGGGAGCUUCUCCGCGAACAUCGACUUUUUCGACGCGGAAGGGAAGUGGGUGCUCGGUGCACGGCGGCGCGCGCCUUCCGCUCCGCUCGCCGCUCCGCUCGCCGCUCCGCUCGCCGCUCCGCUCGCCGGACCGGACGCACCGGAAGAAGAGCCGGAGGGUGAGAGCGCUCCCGAAGACGACCUCCGGGCGUUGCCAGUCAGCGAACAAAAGCCACGCGCCGAGGCGGUGAUUCUUUCCGCGGCGCGAGAAGUUUUGGGCCACCCGGGGCUGGGGCUCUCCGACAGCCUCAAGGACUGGGGGAUGGACUCGCUGGUCGCCAGUGAGCUGUGCAACCGCCUGCCACGUGGCGCCACGUGGACGCCCGCGGUCGUCCUGCGGGAGAACUCCGCGCGAGCGCUCGCGGCGGUCUGGCUCGGCGCUCGUGCAGGCACUGACGUCAGCGACGACGGAGACGACGCCAGCCGCGGGGGGAGCGCCUGCACCGAUGACGUUAGCGCGGGCGUCAGCCCGGGGCCCGCUGACGUCAGCGGAGCGGCUCGCGGCCCCGUGGCGUUCUUGUUUGCGGGCCAAGGGUCGCAGGCCCCGGGCAUGGCCCGGGGAUUGCUGGCGACCGAUCCGGUGUUCCGGGCUGCAGUGGAGGAGUGCGACCGGAUUCUGAGGCCGCACUUGGGGCAGUCUAUUAUAGACAUCAUGGCGGUCGAAGACUCUCCAACUACCCCCAGCCCCGUCCACGAAAAUCGCUACGCGCAACCCUGCCUCUUCGCCGUGCAAUGGGGCCUCGCGCGCGUGCUCGGCGCCCGGGGCGUCCAACCGGGCGCCGUGAUAGGUCACGGCUGCGGGGAAUACUUCGCCGCGUGCCUGGCUGGGGUGUUCUCACUGGAAGACGCUCUCUUUCUCAUCGCAACCCGAUCGCGUUUGCUGAACGAGUUACCGUUAACCGGGGGCAUGGCGGCCGUGAAAGCGAGCCAGGAUCAAGUGGAGGCGGCGCUUAGAAAAACGGAGGGAGAGAAGGUCUACAUCGCCGCCGUCAACGGGCCGUCAAACGUGGUCCUGGCCGGAGAGGCAACGGACUUGGACCGGGUGCUCGCCCGGAUGAAAGCACCGGCCAGUCGCCUGAAUGUCCGCCAGGCCUUCCACUGCCCUCUCGUGGCGCCCGCCGUGCCAGAGUUUGCUGCAGCGCUUCAAAAGGUCACUUUCCACCCGCCCACCCUUCCCCUCGCCGACAACGUCUCGGGGGGGGUGGAUUCGGCGGCCCUGGCGACCCCCGACUACUGGGUCCGGCAGAUGGAGGGCGCCGUUCGCUUUGAGCGCGGGGUGCGCGCGCUCGCGGGCGCGGGCGCGUGUCGCACGUUCCUCGAAGUGGGCCCGCAGGCGAAGCUCAUCGGGAUGGCCAACCAGUGCCUCCGGGCGGAACGGCUCGAGACCGGAAAUGGAAACGAGUUUGCAUUCCUGACGACGUGCGAUCGGACCGGGGAGGCGACCGCGGGCGCCCUAGACGCAGCCGCGGCCGCGUUCGCGCAUUCAUAA